CCGUCCAACGUCAACUUGUCCAGCCAGUCUCGCAGCCGGCCGACUACCGGAGCACAGCAUCAGCACCGCCUCGCGCGAGCGUCAUGGACCGGUCGAGUCACCGCCUCUGCCUCUGCCUCUCCUGCCAUUGUUCCCCAGGCGCCAGACGGGGUGUUCGUGAGGCUGCAGGCUGGAGGAAUUUAUGCAGCCGAAUCCACAGCGGGAGCCGAUGGGGCAGGCGUGCUGCAGGCGCACACAACGGAUUGGAUGGCAUCAUAGCAAGGGCCCUUCCAAAGUGGGCGCCGCCGACGCCGAUGUGGGGUCGGUCACCCGCCGCGGUGCCGGCCUGCUCUUUUCUUGCCCGGGGGUGGCCACGACUGCCGUCGGCUUACUCUCUCCUCUUUCUUCAUUCAUGCCUGAUCCAAGUUGCUCUCUUUCUCUCCCUCUGCAUUUACAAGUCGAGAGCCGACCUCUUUGGACAUUCUCCUUACCUUCUGUCCUCAUCGACACAGCACGAGGCUUUACUUGCUUUCGGAGGACACUCAGACGUCCCUUUAGACAGACGAUCUCGGUCCCACCUCAAAAUUUUUGCAUAAACAAACUUGAGCAUUCAAAUCUUCUGUGCUACACUGGGACUCAUGACAAAUCUCGAGCGGCCACAAAUGCACACGGUAUCCUUCGGGCGAUUUGAAAAUUGUUCCUCGUAGUUUCCUCAACCUCCAGCCAUGCGGCCGCACAACGGACCAAAGUUGCCUGCGAAGCAGCUGGCCAUCUUGGGUA